GCAUUCCUUUCAUUCUGAAAAAGUUUGUAAUUUUGCUACUUGCUACAAAUGCCGAUAAUUUUCAGUGCAGUGUUUUUGACAAGUUUCAGUUUAGUUCUAUGUGAAAAAUAUUUGUUAUAAGUUAUAACAUAAUUGACCUAAAUAUAAGGUGCUAAUUAAGUGAGCUACCAGUAAAGCUUUUCAAAAUCUGGAACCGAAAUUUAUCGUUACCCAGGAGUCGUUACGAAAUUUAGCAAAAUGACUUCAGCACUUUAUUUAGAGCACUAUCUGGACAGUCUUCAACAUCUGCCGAUAGAAUUACAGAGAAAUUUCAAGUUAAUGCGAGACCUCGAUGAUAGGGCACACGGGUUAAUGAGGACAAUUGAUCUUAUGGCAGACGAACUAUUGCCCAAUAUUCCGAAAAUGGACGAGGAAAUGAAAAAAGACAAGGUUAAUACCAUACAGGGCCUGUUUAACAAGGCCAAGGAAUACGGCGAUGAUAAAGUGCAGCUCGCAAUACAGACUUACGAGUUGGUGGACAAACACAUACGGCGCCUUGACUCUGACCUUGCUCGCUUCGAAUCGGAAAUUCAAGAGAAAGUGAUGAGCGCCCGAGCUGCGCAGCAAGCUGCCGCAGACCAGGAGCCGAAUACCACCACCGUUAAGAAAGGAAGGAAGAAGCAUAAGGGUAGUGAGAAGGCAGCUGCUACCACUGGGAAGAAGAAGCGCGUCGGAGCUUCCAGCGAGGACGAUGCGGUCGCGUCGGGCCGAUCCGCAGCCAAAAAGAAGGCACAACGCAAAGGUGCAACUACAACAGCCAGUGCUGUCAAGGAACAAGAAGAAAAUGCAGAUUUGGACUCAGUUGCUGGCAUGGCUCAUCCCAGUGACGUCCUCGAUAUGCCAGUCGACCCUAACGAGCCCACUUACUGCCUCUGCCACCAAGUUUCAUAUGGAGAAAUGAUAGGUUGUGACAACCCUGACUGUCCCAUUGAGUGGUUCCACUUUGCCUGUGUAGAUCUUAAGAUUAAGCCCAAAGGCAAGUGGUAUUGUCCUAAGUGUACUCAGGACCGCAAGAAAAAAUGAUCCGCGGUGAAACCUCCUGUCAAGCCCACUGACAAGACUGUACCGGUAAAGAAAGAAGUUAAGUAACUUCAGUCUUUAUUACCAAAAACUAUGUGUGAAAAAUUAGAUAGUAAAUGAAUUUAUAGUAAUAUAAAAGAUGUUAAAACUAGUAGUAUUGUGGUAACUGUAUUUAGUUUUAUAUAAUUUAAAAUUUGAAAGCCCAUUUUGACAUGAUAUAAAUUGUUGUAUUUAGUCUUUAUUUCUUAUUUGAAAAUGAGCUUGUAAUCAUUUAAUAUAUACAAGAUUAUAUACAAGACUAACAUGAAUUAAUGAUGCUUUUCUUGUGGGGUAUUUUUUUACACACAAGCUGAAUAAAAUCAGAUAAGGUUUACUCGGGUAAUUCCGAAUGUCGAAAACUGUCGGAUAAUUCCGAAAGAGACUUUUAUUAUGAUGGAAUUAAGGGUGAUUUUUAUCUGAAUUUCGGAAUUAUCCGACAUUCGGUAAUACCCGAAUACACCUUAAAAGAUAAUAAUUAAUAGAUAUCUUAUCUUAUGUAGUAAUAUUACACAACAUUCAAUGUGAAGGCUAAUAACAGUUCGAAGAUGUUUAAGAGUAAAAUUAGAUAUCAAUUAUGUACUAACAAAUUAAUUCAGUCUCUGGUACCCAUUUUUAGGAAGAUUGAACUUUGUUUAAUUUUUUACUUGCUGCCAUAUGUUUGGCAAGGCUAUACGGGUUCCAUCAUUUUAUUUGAAAAAUAGAUGUUUCCCAUAUAUUACUGUUUUGUGAAGUAAAUGGGAUUAUCAUUUGUAUUGAGCAAACUAUUUACUUACAUUUUUGAGCCGCAAAUAAAUCUUAUUAAACAAUUUAUAGAGAUUGAAUGGAGUCUGGGACAAGUGUUGUCCAAUUGUCCAUAGUGCAAUAGCCAAUAAUAAUGAAAAUUUUAAACUAAAUUUAAGGUACAUAUGGACAUAAACAUAUACAAAGCCAUGGUUAUUAAUGUGAAUCAUGAAUUUCAACUUUUUGGGUUCUAUAGCACCUUAUUUUUAUUUGGGUCCCUAAUAAUCAAUCUGUCACAUUACAAAACCGAUUAUUAUAAACUAGCGACCCGCCCCGGCUUCGCACGGGUUAACAAAUUAUACACCUAAAUCUUCAAGAAUCACUCUAUUGAUAGUGAAAACCGCAUGAAAAUCCGGUCAGUAGUUUUUGAGUUUAUCGCAAACAUACAAACAGACAGACGCGGCAGGGGACUUUGUUUUAUAAUGUGUAGUGAUUAUAACACAUAUUGGUUGUAAUUAUUUUUGCAGUAAAAAACUGUCCCACAUAAAUUGGAACAACAGUACAAAAUAUUCGAAAUAACUGUUGACUUGUUGCUUAUUUGGUGGGUCAACUGGAUCAACAAGAUUAGUUGUUUAAGUGGAUUUAAAUCCAAAGAGGAAAGUCGAUAGGUUACAUAUAAAUAAUUGUUACAUAUGUAAGUUAUAAUAAUGUUUUCAAAUGAAUUGCCGUAGACUAGAAUAAUUUGGUUGCUUUGAUAGUUUAUUACUCUAAUUCUCACAUUUACUGGGAAUUAAGUCAUGACUACUUGUGUAGAGUUAAAUUAUAAGGAAUCUUAUAGAGCAAUAAAUAUCACUAUGGUGACUAACUUAAGUUUAUGACUGAAUUAUGUGAGUUAUAAUUAUAAUAUAUUACUAUUACAGGGUGACACAAAAAAUGAUACAAAAUCAAAAUUUUAACUUGAAACCAGAGUCUCAGAGGAAUAUGAAAAAGCAUGUAAAUUAUUGUAGCCACUUUUAAGUAGACAGCGCUUAAAAAUACUCCCGGGUGCCCAAAUAAUUAUAAUAGGUAAUCAAAUUCUGUCAAUAUUGACAUAUGUUCUCAAUAGUUCUCAUCCUCAUUAUCAAACCCGAAACCCUGAUGAUGUAUUACUUUUUCUGUCACCAAGUAAAGAUUUUGUAUUAUUCUAGAGUCAAUAUUGAUAAGUGAUUUAAUAUAGGCAUUUAUCUAGAUUUCAUAUAGAAUAUAGACCAUCAUGCAUUGUUAAAUAUUCACCAUAUUUUAUGAUUCAUACUUAUUAUAAUUAUAUUAGAAUAUCAUGCAUUGCAUUGAAUAUUGAAAUUAAAGUUAUCACAUCACA